GGGGAUAAGCCAAGCCUCACCUCCUUCCUUCCCCAGCCUCAUCCAAAACAACUCAAAGAGAGCGCAGCAACCGUCAGAGCCGACUAGUCGAAGGCCACAGCCAUGGCCGCCCCUACCGGCACUUCCAUGCUAAGGGCCCUGCUCCAGCUUCCCCUGGCUCCGUUCUCGGGGAAGAGCUCCGCGCCUUCGGCGGUCCACAUGACCGCCCGCCGCGCGCCGACGCCCGUGCUGGCCGCCAAGGGCUACAACGUGCAGAUCGUGGUGGACGAGAACGAGGGGGAGGACUCCAUCUUCCGGCGCUUCCGGCGGGAGGUGAUGAAGGCCGGCCUGCUCCAGGAGAUCAAGCGCCGCCGGCGGCACGAGAACACCAAGGACAAGAAGAUCCGCAAGGCCCGCGAGGCCGGCCGCCGCAACCGCCGCAGGCGUAUGAUGGAUGAUCGUAGGUUCCCCGAAGAUGAGGGAGACUCAGAGGCUGUGAGAACCCGCCGCGACGAGGACAACGACAACUGGGAGGUUAGCGGUAUUCUGUGAAUGGAAUGAUGACGGAAUUCAUAACAACUUUAGAUGCACAGCUCUGGCAAUUCGAGAUCUUCUUUUGCCUGCAUGGCACAAACUAUAUGAGUCACCAGCCGCCCUUUCCAGUUCAAUUGUACUAUUUAAUUGUACCAAAUGUUAGCUAAUGCAAUCUCCAUUCCGUAUACUUCUGUACUACUACUUUUUUUUUUACUUCAAGAUUCGGCACAUGUUGCGAAUGCAAAGCAUAUACUAUUUAUCAGAUCGUUCAA